AUGCCGCCCCACACCAUCACACUGCCUCCGCCAAAAGACGUUACUCUAUCGGUUCCAGUGCACGUGUUGCCGACACCAGCGCAAACGGGCCUGACAGUGAAGGGCAGUCAUGGCAGGCCUCCUGGCAGCCAUAUGAGACCGGAGAUUGGCUGCGUGCAGUCUGUUCUGGAUUCUCUGGUCUCCAUCUUACUGUUAUCAGAAAAAGAUGUGGACAUGUUUGAGCUGAAGAAAUACUCGGAGAAGGAGGCUCCAGAGGAAGCUCUACUGAAGCUGCUGCAAGUUGAAGCUUCAAAUAAAGUUCUGAUCCAUCAGCAGAGACCAGACUCUCCUACCCCGAGCUAUGUGUCCAUGAUGAGUGACUGGUCAAUGACUCCACCGAUUCGUUUUAACAGUGAAAGGACUUAUAACACAACUUAUGAGGAAAUCAUCUCCAAAAGUUCUCUGAUCUCUUCAGGAUCUCCUGCUGUCUACCAGCUGAGACCAAAGGAGGAGAAGUUUGGAAAUCUGACAAAAAAAACUGUUGGUGAGAAAAACCUGAACAAGAAAAACAAAACCAUCUUACUUGUAGGUGAAACAAGAACGGGAAAAUCUACUCUGAUCAACGCUCUGGUCAACUACACCAUGGGAGUGAAGUUUGAGGACAACAUCUGGUUUGAGAUCGUAGAAGACGAGAAGAGAAGUCACUCUGAGAGUCAGACACCAGAUGCGUCAGAGAGUCAGACACCAGAUGUGAUCGUGUACCAGAUCUUUGGUUAUGAAGGUAAAACUCUGCCCUUCUCUCUGACCAUCAUCGAUACUCCUGGAUACGGAGACACCAGAGGGAUUGAACAUGAUGUCAUCAUCAGACAAAGAUUAUUUGACUUGUUCCGUUCAGAAGAUGGAGUUCAUGAAAUUGAUGCAGUGGGUCUGGUGCUGAAGGCGAGUGUGAAUCGACUGAGUGACCGACUGAAGUACAUCUUUGAUUCAGUGACGUCUCUGUUUGGAAAAGACAUUGAGAAGAACAUCGUCGCUCUCAUCACACACUCAGAUGGAAUAACACCUGAAAAUGCUCUGAAAGCUCUUGAAGAUGCAAACAUUAAAUGUGCCAAAAAUGAGAAGAAUCAGCCCGUUCACUUCCUGUUUAAUAACCGUCAGACCACACAGAGAACAGAAGAAACAAAGUUUGCUUUAGAACCUGCAUGGAGGGUAACAGAGAGAGGAAUGGAAGAAUUCAAAGACUUCCUGGAAAAAUCUAAACCUCAACAGCUGAUAACAACUGUUGAAGUGUUGAACGCACGCAUCAGAAUAACAGCCUGCAUCCAAAACCUGCAAGACAGAAUCCAGCUGAUUGAACUAAAACAGAACAAGAUCCAACAGACUCAAGAAGCUCUAAAGAAACAUAAACAAGAGAUGAAGAAGAAUAAAGAGUUCACUGUAGAAGUUGAUGAGGUCUACAAAGACAAAGAGCCUAUGAGGGGUGAAGAAGCUGUCUGCUGCACCGUCUGUGAAGUGACCUGUCACUAUCCUCUAUCAAGAGUGGGCUGGUUUAGCAGUCUCUAUGAGAAAAUAACAAAAGCUGACUGUACUGUUUGUACAGGGAAGUGUCCUGCAUCAGAUCAUGUGAAAGAAAACUGGAGAUAUGUGAAGAAGAUCAGGAAAGUUAAGAAGACCCUACAAGAUGUGAAACAGAAGUAUGAAGAGAAUAAGGUAGCUCGUGAACAGAAGAAGAGCCUUCUGGAAAAUCUUCAAACAGAGAAAAAAAACCUGGAAUCAGAGAAGAUUCAGCUGCUUACAGAGGUCUACCACCAUGUGGAACAACUAGAGUGGAUCGCCCUGAAUGUUAACUCACUGUCUACUCAUGUCCACCUGGACUUCCUGAUUGAGAAGAUGAAGGAGAUCGGAAACACAGAGAAGGUCCAGAAGCUGGAGGAGAUGAAACAACAAGAGGAUGAAAGAACCAGAGCAGCAAUGCGAUACAUGUAA